UUCACCCUUUUAAAUAAGGAUCUGGUUAGACUGCCUUGAAGUGCCACAUCUGGAAACUGAACGCUGAAAGAAAGUUAAAAUAACUGAGGCACCACUAAGCCAAGGGGGGCUGAUUGCAGAAGAGGGUAAACAAUUACUAAGACGCUAGAAGACCACUGCUGGAUGUAAGGGGAGGAAAUGGCUUUGAUCUCCGCCUGGCCCCUGGUUUUUCCUAUAUUAUUCUUUUCGAGAUGCUUCUCCUCCAGCACAGCCUCGAGCGCGGGAAGCGUCUUUCUGUUUGACAUUGAAGGUAGCUCAGCGGUCAGCACGCAAGAAGCUACUGUUAUCAGAGGGCAGCAGCAGUCAGUAGCUACUGGAAGUUGGGUGCCUUUUGCUGAGGGAUGCCAAGAAGGAUUUUACCGUACCAGCUCAGGAAAAUGCUCUCCUUGCAACUGUAAUGGUAAUGCAAACAGAUGCCUUGAUGGAUCUGGAAUCUGUGUGGACUGCCAGAGAAACACAACAGGGGAACACUGUGAGCAAUGUCCAGACGGCUUUGUUGGUGAUGCUGUUGGAGGAGCACCCACAUUCUGCCAGCCUUGCCCCUGCCCCCUGCCAGAAGUUGCCAACUUUGCAGUCUCCUGUUAUCGAAAAAAUGGAAAUGUGCGUUGUGUCUGUAAGGAAAACUAUGCAGGACCUAACUGUGAAAGGUAAGAAACUAACAAAAUGACUUAAUGGUCAACAAUACUGAAGUUCAGGAACCUUCAAGGGAGCCUUUACAUAUUGGGGAGAAAACCCUGCACAGAGAAACCCUAUAUUCAUUUGAUUGAAUCAUGCUUGUUCAAGAAUCUCGUUUAGUUCCUAGUAAAAUCUAUAAAGACUCUCUGUGGAGACAUGUCAGGUAAGACAGACUUUUAUAUUUGAUGUUCUUUGACCCACUCCUUGCACUCUGUGUACCUCUACAUGGUUAUUUUACAAAAAGGAAUAAAAUUUAAAAAUGAAAAUACAAACCAGUAAGAGCAGCUGAAGUGAAAAAGUCACCACCAUGCCUCUCACAAUGCUCCACUUUGAAAACAUAACAGGCUUCUGCUGAUUAAAUGUUUCAAAAGCAGAAGAGAUAAUGCCUUAUCUGAUCAAAUUCUUAAUGAGCAGAUGCAUGUUAAAUAUUUACACGCAUCAUUAAACAAAGUCAAGCAAACAACCACAGGUCAGUGUUGCUUUUCAACUCUUAUGCUCACAAGCAAUUCCAGUAAACAACAAAGUACACAAAUAAAUGGAGAUUUGCAGUAGAAAUAUGACUUAUUGUCCUGUCUUAUAAAAGGCCAUAUUACCCUGGACACACAUGGACAAUGCUACAUUGAAUGUCAGAGGUGGAAUUAUAAUUCUCCUUCAGCAGACGAUAAAUUAAAACCACUUUAACACAAAGACUAUGGGGUAUAGGAUAGUUCAGAGACUGAAUUUCACAAUGCUUUAUUUUGAGUUUUCUUAAAUCCCCUGAACCAUGUAAGAAAUCAGUCCACUUUCAUUAAUGAGCAAGGUUUGAAUUCAGAUGACACUUUACUAGUGAGGGAGAAAUACGUGAAGAGAAAGGUAAGAUAAAAAAAGAGAGUGAAGACUUUUGCCCUUACAGAGGAUGCAAAAAUAUCAGCGUAUUACCUCUGCAUCACUAAUACAGUGACAGCAGUAGUGAAAGCCCUCUAGACAGAUGGCACAAAAUGAAAAAAAAAAAAAAGGCUUGUUUCCAGGGCUAUGGCUGCAUGCUUUUGUUCUUAGGAAAUGUCAGAUGUAUACACAAAGGAUAAUGCAGACAAUUAAAAGGUCAGUGAGGUUUCCUAAUGGUUAUUAAAAUGUCAUCCUAGACUACAAGCAAAUCAAAUCCCAUGAAAUGAGAAGCAGAUUCAUAGCAGCAGCGGAGAAUGGCAGCAGCUUUCCUUUCUAACUACCCAGCCUUACACACUGCAGCUGUUUCAAAAGUAUGUGUAGAUGGGUUAGAAAAGGUUACAAAAAGAAAUCAGCCUGUCCUGGUCACUGCAUUAAGCCCUUUGCAAACUGCUGUGGUAAGUGGUUUGCAGUGACAAAGAGACCUUUCCUUCUGCUAGGCGGUUGGUCCUGCUCCUGGUUCAUGUCAGAUAGGACAAAAAGCAUUUCAAAGACUAACAAGAGAUGCUUGUCUGUGUUCACUUAUCAAAGAACAAGCUAACACUAGCUGCUGGUGUUGGCAGCCGUUGCACCAUAGGAGUAUCAAAGGAGAAGGGACAUUACUCCUGCCCAUCCCACAUCGCAAGGGCAUCUUGUAUCCCGAGGGCAGAGGAAGACUACAUCCCAUCACCCUCCUUCUCUCCAUGCCCCCUGCCAGCUGCCUGCAGGGGGACAGGGCAGCGGGACACCCUCCCUUGCACAGUGCCUGCAUGACAACCUGCUCCAAUCUCCUGGAAUUGUGUAGAAAGCUUCCUUGUGCUAAGUCAGGGCCUUGGCACAAGUCUGCUGGUUUCUUUUACAUGUGCCGGUGAAUAAUGUGAAAUUAUGGAUGCCUUUCCUAGGAAUUGUGAAAACCACCUCUCAGUUCAACAUUUAAGAAUGAGUCAUUUUGCUCCUGGACUCUGGCAGUGAAGCACUGAGGUGACAGCAGAUGAAAUGCAGGUUUUGCUAAUGUCCAAAUGUAAAAAAAUAUAAUUGAACAAAUUAUGCUUUAGAUUCCAAAGUGAACAGAAGAAAAUAGUCCUUUUGGCAUUGCCAGGGAAGUGGAAGUUAAUUUCUUACUCACCAGUAAUUGCAGGAAGCAAAUAAGGCUGUAAGAUGAAACAAAGACAGCCUAGCAGCUUUACUAUCUCCACAAUGCUGACAAAUCAUGUGGGAGAAGAAAUAUUCUUUCUUAGCAACAGAGCCCCUUACUGAUGCAGCAGAGGGAAAAUACAUUUACCACAGGCUUCUACUUUUCCAGACCAUAAAGCACAAAGAUGGAGCAAUAAGUUUCCAUUCAGUAGUCCCUCCUCUUCUCAUGCUACCAACCAUUCAAAAGAGGAAAGGCACAGUCCAAACCUAUAAUGUCCCCUGAGAAGCAAAGAGAAAGGAAAAGUGAGGGUGACACAUUUAUUCACAGCUCUAAAAGUUCCUAUUUGUUUUAGACAGCUACACUAGAUUAGCAGAUACGGCUAAUAAAAGUGAGUCAGACGACUGUAAAAAGCAGGACUUACUUCCAAGCCCACACAUUUAUCUGUGAGGAAUUGCCCACUGCAUUUCUGGCAAGUGAACUGAAUGGUGUAUUUCUGAAAAUAAAAUAAAAAGUCACCUUGUCCUUAUGAGAAACCAUAGGCCUGAUGGGGAAUAGCAGGCAGUCAUUGGUAGUCACUGUCUGAAAACCUACACUGGCUGGUAGUAUACUCUCACCUGAGCACAGCCCAGUGGCUUCUGUGAUCUGGUGGACACAUCAGACAGAUGAUUAUUUGGAAAAUGAUCUAAGUACAGAAGAUAAAAGAGAAAUGCUGCAAGACAUUGAGAGCUCAUAGUAAAACAAAUGGCUCAGAAGAUUUAAACAACAAUAACAAAAAGAAAAAAAAACAGAUAUUUCUGUACAUACACCUUGAAAGUUGAAAAUUUGGACAAUAUGACUAUCCCACAUUGUCUGAAAUAUUAGAAAAUUAUAGUAAGCUUUUUUGGCACGACUAAACAGAAGCAUCACACUUCACUGCCUGCUCUAACUUCUAUGGAAAAGGGGAGCAAUUCCACUCCAGUCAGUUAAAUCACAAUCUUUACGCUCUGCAUUGCAUUCACAUUUAUUUGAGUGCAGAGGACUCUCGGUCACAUUUUUAUUCUUUACAUCUGGGUCACGCAAGUGAUAAGAUCUGCAGCAAAGAUUCUGGCAGUGCUGGAAAGAGACAAACAGACUCUUUUCCAUUGGAAAAGGCAGUAUUUGAGGCAGCCAAGUGGUUUAUAUUAAGAUGCUUAAAAUUUUAUGUGUUUUUACUGUGGGGUUUGGGACUGGAAAAUGAACAAAAGAGCCUUGAGGAAAUUACUUUCAUU